UCUCCUUGAAGCUUCUUCCAAAAUGGUUCUUCAGAACUAUAUUGAUUUGCUGAACCCUCCGACGGAGCUCGAGAAAAGGAAGCACAAGCUUAAGCGUCUUGUUCAGUCGCCCGACUCAUUUUUCAUGGAUGUGAAAUGCCAAGGCUGUUUCAACAUCACAACUCUUUUUAGCCACUCCCAAACUGUGGUGGUUUACGGUAACUGCCAGACUGUGUUAUGCCAGCCAAUUGGUGGACGUGCUCGCCUCACUGAGGGCUGCUCUUUCAGGAAAAAGGGUGACUUUGGUGUUGAAUUGGGUGAAUCUUCACAAUUAGGUGAAUGUAUAAGUAGUGUUGUUUCUGGAUUGUGGCUUUUGUUUGCUAGUUUUCAUGUGGGGUAG